UGACUUAGGCAAGUCCCUGAGGUCAGUAAACUUCUUUAGUGUACCUCAGUUGACUCCCUUCACCAUGGAGUACCAUGAUCCUAAGCAGCCAUCUUCUGAUGGGGCUGGAAUUACAGAGGCAGUCACCCCUGAAAAUCAUGAGGUCCUGUCGGAACCAGAGGAACACACCCAAGAAAAGAAUGCUGGAGAUGCGAAUGACAAAGCUGGAGAACAGGAACCUGUAGACCAAGUUUCACUGCCUGCCCAGGGCCAGGAGAACCUUGAGUCCCCUCCACCUGAAGUUAGCUCAAGUCAAGUGGGAGCAGCCCAUGAGACUCAGACUAAAGAAGAGACAGUGGAGGCAUGCCCUGGGCCCCUGGAGCUUCCACAGUCCCCCAGGGCUCAACAGCCUGAGCUCGAUUUCUACUGUGUAAAGUGGAUCCCUUGGAAGGAAGAGCGGACACCCAUCAUCACCCAGAGCACUAAUGGCCCUUGCCCUCUCCUUGCUAUCAUGAACAUCCUCUUUCUUCAGUGGAAGGUAAAGCUGCCCCCUCAGAAGGAAGUGAUCACAUCAGAUGAACUCAUGGCCCAUCUUGGAGAUUGCCUCCUGUCCAUCAAGCCUCAGGAGAAGUCAGAGGGGCUUCAGCUUAAUUUUCAGCAGAAUGUGGACGAUGCAAUGACAGUGCUGCCUAAACUGGCUACAGGUCUGGAUGUUAAUGUGCGAUUCACAGGCGUCUCUGAUUUUGAGUAUACACCUGAAUGCAGUGUGUUUGACCUCCUGGGCAUACCUCUGUACCAUGGCUGGCUCGUUGAUCCACAGAGUCCUGAGGCCGUCAGCGCAGUUGGGAAACUGAGUUACAAUCAGCUAGUAGAGAAGAUCAUCACUUGCAAGCACUCUAGCGACACCAACCUUGUGACAGAAGGCCUGAUAGCAGAGCAGUUCCUGGAGACCACUGCAGCACAGCUGACCUACCAUGGGCUCUGUGAACUGACAGCAGCUGCCAAGGAGGGUGAACUGAGCGUCUUUUUCCGAAACAACCACUUCAGCACUAUGACUAAGCACAAGAGCCACCUGUACCUCCUGGUCACUGACCAGGGCUUUCUCCAGGAGGAACAAGUGGUAUGGGAGAGCCUGCACAAUGUGGAUGGAGACAGCUGCUUUUGUGACUCUGAUUUUCAUCUAAGUCAUUCCCUGGUCAAAGCAUCCGGAGCAGAAGGUGGGAGUGGCUCCCCAGAAAAGCAGCGGCAGGUAGACCAGGACUACCUGAUUGCUUUGUCACUGCAGCAGCAGCAGCAGCCACAAGGCACCUUGGGUCUCAGUGACUUGGAACUGGCCCAGCAACUUCAGGAAGAGGAGUAUCAGCAGCAGCAGCAGCAGGAAGUGGUCCAGCCUGCGCAGACUCAAGCCCCAUCGCCACAGGGAAGAGGAGCCACGUCUGGACGGCCAGCUGGAGAGCGUCGGCAGAGGCCAAAGCAAGAGUCAGACUGUGUUCUCCUGUAG